AUGAGACCUCAAGAAGUGAACAAGACAGAUUACUGUCUGCAGUCCUGCAUAGAAAAACCUUUUUUUAACGCCGUGCAUACAUUAUUGUAUGUCAUUGCAGGAGCUUUUGUUCUGUUUACAGUAUUUGGAAACCUGCUUGUCAUCAUCUCUGUGUGUCACUUCAAGCAGCUGCACACUCCAUCUAAUAUUCUUGUCACAUCACUGGCUUUAUCAGAUUUUCUUGUUGGUCUGUUUGUGAUGCCGCUCCAUUUAACAUUUUGGAUUGAGUCAUGCUGGUUGUUUGGAGUGCUUUUUUGUGGGAUGUAUAAUUAUGUCGCUUGUCAUCUGACAAGUGUGUCUGUAUAUAAUGUUGUUCUCAUCGCUGUAGAUCGUUACUUUGCUCUCAGUAACCCUUUUCUCUACUCUAGGAAAAUCUCCCUGAGUGUCAUGUGUACAGUUACGUUACUUAAUUGGCUGCUAUCAUUUAUUUACAAUUAUUUUCUAGUAGAUUUCAAAGGAAUCCUUACAAACUCAAAGCAAUGUCCUGGAGAAUGUGAUGUCUCUAUUGGUAAGAUUUUGAAUAUAACCGAUCUUGUAGUUGUGUUUCUUUUUCCAACCGCUGCUAUAAUACUUUUGUAUGCCAAAAUUUUUGUCAUUGUUAAGAGACAUGCUGGUGCCAUUAGGGAUCUUACCAAUCAUAGAAAGCCAGCAGAUGGUAAGAGUGUUUGUGACCACGUUAGAUCUGAGAGUAAAGCUGCAAAAGUCUUUGGAAUUCUAGUGUCUGUUUUCCUGGCCUGUUUAGUGCCAUACUACUUUUGUACUUUAGUAGCUGAUUACAUUAGUGCAGAACAAUACUAUUUAUUGAAUUUUAUGUUGACACUGUUUUAUGCUAAUUCUUCCAUUAACCCCAUCAUCUAUGCCCUGUUUUACCCAUGGUUUAAGAGGAGCAUUAAAUUGAUAUUAACACUUCAUGUAUUCAACACAGAAUCAACACUGACAAAUGUCUUGACAACAAACUCUUGA